UAGUUAAGUUGUUGUUGUCCGCUGAGCAAUAGUUGAACGAAUUUGAAAUGCUAAGAGUUUAGAACAUGGUAUCGUUAGGAAGAAAUAGAACUGUCGAAAGCAAUCCGAGCUAGCAUUAGCUUAGUAAGAAUGGUUUUAAGGUAGCUUGCUGUUUGAAAGGUAACGAUUUAGCUUGCUCUGUAUACCGAGCAAUCUAUCUGGGACUGAGUGGAAUCUUUAGAGCGAACUCUAGUAGUGCAGGUCACACCUAGGAGGACAUUGCGGAACCUAUGCUUACAUCCAUCUUUUUCUUAUUAGUAGACUACCGGCAAGUUAGUUCCAUUGCUGUUGAUUUACGUUUCAAUGAACUGAACCCAAUGAAGAACAAUUGCGCUUCCAGGUCCAGGUGACUAAGCCGGGUCCCCAAAGUAGGGGACAAUUUACUUGCUUUAAGAACAAGGGUUUGGGUCUCGCAUCACCCAUCAUUACAGGGUUAUUUUAUGGAAUGAACGAAUAAAUGCCAGCGAACGAAAUAUUACAAGAGGACAUAGGAAUUAAGGAAUACAUCGUUGCAGAAAUAGACCGGGAUGGAUUUAAUUGUACCGCUACAUUAUACGAAACUGUCGCAGUAGCAAAAUAGCUGUACUCUUUUCAGACUUCCGUUGGUCCUCGUGAGAUUCAUCUCUGAAGCUAUCAAGAGGUAUGUUACUUUCGCCGCAUCAACUCAUUACUAUAACGCUUCGAUCGCAUAGAUUUAAAAAGCCGAUAAUCAUUCAUUCGCAUGGGAGGAAGAGCGACACGUGUUCUGGCAGGUUAACUAUACUGAAAAGAUUAAGCGUUUUAGUGUUUAGCGACUAUUGAAGGGAUCUAAAAAUUGGAACAAAGCCAAAAGUAAGUGGAGCAGAAUUGGUCGGACGAUUUAACGUGGCGAAAUGCGGAAACGCAAGUAAAAUUGUAGCAACUAUUUACACACAUCUUCUGUGUAUUUUUAAACGACGAAAGGAGCGAGGAGAGCAUAUUGUACGCCUAAGCAUAGAAAUCGCAAUUAGAGUGGAUAGUGGACCCGUAAUUGAAGAAUCUUUCGAAAGGUUCGUCUUUUCUUUUCUAUUUUUCCGUCUGCCACUUUUCUGUUUCCACUGCUGUUGUUCUUAUUAAAACGUUUCCACCCCGACUAGGAACAUUCCAAUCCAAACCCAGCAAACAUGUGUCCAAACGGAACCAAUUCUAAAUGCUUCAUAGAAAAGAGAGAGCUGACGACAUAACUAAAAGCCACAUGGUUAUUAAUGCUCGCUUGAAGCCAGCAAGUGACUAUUUUAAAGAGGAAAUUAGAAACCCAUAAUCAUCAUUAUCAUCCCCGAAGGAAAUUGGCCAGCAUCGCAUAAUAGUGUGUGAGAUUGUGUGAAACAAUGUCGUUGUUUUCUGCGAUCUCUCUCUACUAGCAAGGAGGCACAAGAGCAAUGAAAUACAUUCAUUAACUGGGUUGUUGGAAUAACGAACAUAUCGCGUUUCGCUGAUUGCGUGAACAAUGGAUCGUAAUCGGGAUAGGAACGCAGGAUAGGAACUGGAUUAAAAACUGGAAUUCGUUUGUUCUGCAUUUCAUAAAAUAGUUAUCUCGUAAGUUCAGUGUACGUUAUGUUAUGAAAUUGAAAAAAAAAGAAAUGGAAUUGCUGCCGAAAGCUGUCGUCGAUGUGGUUCUCUUCCUUGAAGGUAUGGAGAACGAACCACGUGAAGAAAAUUGUAACUCGAGUAUAAGCGAGCAGUUAAAUGAGGAAAUGCAGAUGGGUCCGCGAGCAAUUAAUUUGAAUGAAUGAAACCCUCUUCCCCUCCUCCACAAGAAAGAACGACAUUGUUACUUAUUGGAAACAAACAAGACUUAAUAAAGGAAUUAAACGAAGACGACAGCGUGAA